CUUGUUUAUGAAAAUCUGUCUAUAAAUUUAAUUCUAACUAAAAUUGAAGGACUGCUCUGUAAUUAAUUAGAAUACGUCAUCUUUGUAAAUAAAAUAAAAAAUUACUAGAAAAAAAAAACAAAAAACAUAAACCAGACGAAGGUUAGAUUUGGUUUUUAGUUCUAACCGCUCCUCUCCUCCGCCGAUCGGCUGCUGCUAUCCUCCGGAGGAUCCAAGUAGAGGUGGAUACUGGACAAAGGGUGUUUUAUAUUCACUUUGUCUGGUGGUAAUGAAUAUUAAUAGAGAUGAGGCUCUUAGAGCCCAAGCUUUAGCAGAAGCCUUAAUGCAAAAGUCUGACUUCACCGCCGCUCGUAAGCUCGCCAUCAAAGCUCACAGCAUGGACUCCACUCUUGAGAACAUAUCUCACAUGACGAUGGUCUGCGACGUGCACUGCACCGCGACGGAGAAGACGUUGGGCAACAACGAGAUGGACUGGUACGGGAUACUCCAGGUCGACGUGAAUGCUAACGAAGCCGUCAUCAAGAAACAGUACAGGAAGCUCGCGCUUCUUCUCCACCCUGAUAAAAACAAGCUCCCCGGCGCAGAGUCUGCUUUUAAACUCAUCGGUGAAGCUCAGAGGAUACUUUUGGAUAAAGACAUGAGGAUGCUUCAUGAUGUGAAACGCAGAACGAGGCCUGCACCGUCGUAUAGACCACAGCAGGCAAGUGUUAAUAUGAGGAAUGUCUUCAACGGGGUGAGACCUCAAGGCCAGCCGCCACACGGUUUCGCUCCUCGGCCAACGUUUUGGACCUCUUGUCCCUUUUGUGGGAGCAGGUAUGAGUAUGGGAGGGAGCAUGUCAAGAGAGAAGUUGCUUGCCAGACUUGCAAAAAGCUGUUCACUGCUUUUGAAGUUUCUUUUCCGACACAACAGAACAUGUUUCCAGGACAAAGGGCUUGCGCUGAGCCACACAAGCGUCCGGUUGAUACUAAAAAUGUGCCCUCUGGAAAGAAGGCGGCGGCGGCUUCUACUGCAGAAAACAAUAACGAAAAGAGGAAGAGGAAGAGAAAGGAUAUGGAUGAGCCUAGUGAAAGCUCUGAGAGUGAGAGUAGCAGCGACUCGGAAGAUGAUAGUAACAAUGUGCCCCCUGGAAAGAAGGCGACGGCUUCUACUGUGGAAAACAAUAACGGAAAGAGGAAGAGAAAGGAUAUAGAUGAGUGUAGUGAAAGCUCUGACAGUGAGAGUAGUAGCGACUCAGAAGAUGAUGAUACUAUGGCAGCAGGAAAUAAUAUGGGAUCCAAUGGAGGACAGGAGCCUCGGAGGUCAGUACGUAGCAAGCGUCAGGUUUCUUAUAACGAGAAUGUGAGCGACGAUGAUGAUGUUGACUUAGUCAACGACGUUGGGGAAGGUGAAAAUGUAGAUACUGAAAAGGUUGAUGAGGAUCAUCAUCACCAGUCUACUGAAGCCUUGAACCCAAAGGAGAAGAUACAAGUAAGCUUAGAUGAUUCGGAGGACGAGGAGUCAAGUUUAGGAGGUGAAGCAGCAGCAGAAGAAGAAGCAAAUGUUAUCAACUGUGAGGAUCCUGAGUUUUCAGACUUUGAUAAGUUGAGGGAGAAGAGCUGUUUUGAGGAACGUCAGGUGUGGGCUUUGUAUGAUGAAGGAGAGGGGAUGCCUAGAUUCUAUGCCGUCAUAAAAAAAGUUACAAAACCAAGAUUCUCGGUGAAGUACGUUUGGUUAGAGCCAGAGGAAACAAGAGAUUUGCCAGUGUCUGUUGGUAGGUAUGUACUUGGGGAUGAGGGUAAGACAAGUAGCUGUGACUUAUUCUCUCAUCUGGUUCAAAGCAAAACAAGAAGCAACGCUAAGAACUUCACUGUGUUCCCGGGGAAAGGAGAAACGUGGGCUCUUUUCAAGAACUGGGACAUGGAGGAGGAGGAGGACUCGGAUUCUCCACGUGAGUACGAGUUUGUUGAGAUACUGUCUGAUCAUGAAGAGGGAGGCGGGACGGUGUCUGUGGGGUUCUUGUCUAAAGUGGAAGGGUUUAAGUAUGUGUACAGUCCAUUGCCGGAGGAGGAAGCGGAUACUUUUGAGAUUCCGCCUCAUGAGUUGUUUAGAUUCUCGCAUAGGGUACCGUCGUUUAGAUUGAAGGGAACAGAAGGGAGAGGGGUGCUGGAAGGUUGGUUUGAGCUUGAUCCAGCUGCUUUGCCAGUUCCUGUCUCUCAAGACCAAGACCAUCAUCAAUCUCCACCACCUUGAGGAAUCGGCCUGUUGAUGAUGACUUGCUCAAAUCACUGUUCUUGUGGAACCGGUUUAUUAUUGGCGUACAGGUUUACUGACUGAGAAUAAACCGGAGCUCCCCAGGGAGGCCCCUUUUGUUAAAAGCUUGGUGAUACCUCUUUGUUGUCCUGUGAUAUGGUCAAGUCAUGACUUGGAGAUUGUUUAGUUGUUUGUAGCUAACUCUUGCUUUUUUUUUUGUAUUUUCUUAGUUUUACUCAGACUUGUAGCUUAAUCAGCAUAUGCUUCUAACUACAUUGUUGCUAAGAGAGUGGUAUCUAUUUUCACCUGUAAAAUAAUAUUCUCUCGUUUCAUGAUAAGUGAAUGUUGCUAA